AUGGUGCAAGGUCAAGCAAGGACAAAGAGGUCGGAAGUGAGGUCAAACAUGUCAAUAAAAACAACUGUUAGAGAAGGCGUCUGCCUACCUCCAUCUCACUCAGUGCUGACACAAGUAUCAGUGAUGCGACACGCUCCGGCUAUGAGCCUUAGGCCGAUCCGCGUGCGCCCAGGAGGGCCAGGAAGGGAACUUUCCCCUUCCGGAGAGAGGGGAGACGUCAUCCAAUCGCGGAAAGCCGCCAGCCCUAGCCUAAGCGGGAUGUCAUGUGACGCACAUUCCGGUUCCCACACAUUUUCGGCUAACACCUUAGAAUACAGCAAAAAGAGUCCUUUUUCGACGACGACUAACGACGACAACGUUCACCACGCCCGGUCAUAUCAGAAAAGGAGGCCUAUCAAGAUGACCGUCAAGAACAACGGAAUCGCCUCUUCCCGCCGGAAGUCGCGCAAGGCGCACUUCAGCGCUCCCUCCAGCGAGCGCCGUGUUAUCAUGAGCGCUCCUCUGAGCAAGGAACUCCGUGAGAAGUACAACGUUCGCGCCAUCCCCAUCCGCAAGGACGACGAGGUCACCGUUGUGCGCGGCUCCAACAAGGGACGUGAAGGAAAGAUCACCACCGUCUACCGUCUCAAGUGGUGCGUUCACGUUGAGCGUGUCGUCCGUGAGAAGUCCAACGGCCAGAGCGUCCCUAUCCCCAUCCACCCCUCGAAGGUUGUCAUCACCAAGCUCAAGCUGGACAAGGACCGCGAACAGAUUCUGGAGCGCAUCGGAAAGGGCCGUGAGGCUGCUAAGGCUCGUGCUUAA